AUGGCGAAUGGCAAUACCACUACCAAUGCCUCGAUGGCAGCCGAAUUCCGCAUCCUGGACAGCAGGUUGUAUGUCAACGGUAUCAAGAUGAGUGUUGCACCGGGUGUGCGCAGUAUGCCUUUCGCUGUCGAUUCCAACCCCGGAAGCAUUGACACAUCCUUCUCGGUGAACAGCGGCGGGCUCAGUUGGACAGACUCGGCAUUCACUAAUAGCACCGCUCAAUUCUACAAGGUCCCGCCCGAGGAGAUAGACAAUGCCCUCCUCUUGGUUCAAUUUAUUGGUGAACCGGACCCUGAACUGGGAUUGAGUCCCAUCAACAUGGCGGCGCAGCGACGAGAAGAAGCAAUCCGGCAAGAAUCUCUCAUGUCAAGCAUGGUGAUGGAGCCCACACAGACCACCAUCGAAGAGCCACCCUUCUCGUCCGCAUGGAUGGGCAUAUCCUCCUCAGGAGUUUGGGUGUCACCCCCUGCAAGCUCUGCUGUUCCAACUCAGUCUUGGAGUCCUGAUGGCGCCUGCGGUGCAACUAACGGGGGCUUCAUGUGCUCUGGUGCGCCUGAUGGCGAGUGCUGCUCUCCCUACGGCUAUUGGUGA